AUGGAAGCAACCGCGAUCGGAAUUGAUUUGGGGACAACCAACUGCUGCGUCUACGGGAUAAAAAACAGAAAACCACAUGUAGUGAUAAACAGUCAUGGAAACAGAACCACACCGAGUUAUGUGGCAUUCACAGAACACCAAGUAUUAGUCGGUACCGCUGCUCGGGAUCAAAUUCUAUCGAAUCCGAAGAACACUAUUUAUGAUAUUAAACGAAUUAUCGGACAGAAAUUCUCCAAUCAAGAAUUACAGCGAAAUCGGGACAUGUGGACAUUUCCGAUCGUGUCAGACAAUGAUCGACCGAAAAUGGUUGUGACACAGGGAAAGAAGGAGAUGCAUAUUUCACCUGAGGAGGUCACGGCGCUGCUGUUGAACUACCUACGAGAACAGGGCGAGAUGCGCCUAGGGAAAAAAGUCACUAAAGCUGUCAUCACUGUCCCUGCCUAUUUUGAACAUUCACAACGGCAAGCUACUAUGACAGCUGCCGAACUUAUUGGAUUGGAGGUCGUCUGUUUGAUAAACGAACCGACAGCGGCUGCAAUUGCAUAUAGUCAGAAACGAAGGUUUACAGUACCGCGAACAAUCCUGGUCUACGAUCUUGGUGGUGGCACUUUUGACGCAAGCGUGGUCCGGUUAAAGGAGGAUAAUACAGGAGAUGUGCUUUGUGUUUCCGGUGAUGCCCAUUUGGGUGGAGAGGAUUUCGUACAGAAUAUGGCUAUCCAUUUUAAAAAAGACCUUCUGGAGCGUGGUGUGGACACGACCGAGAAAGCGAUUUCACAGCAUGAUUUACGUGCAGCCUGUGAACAGCUAAAACUUCUUCUCAGUCAUGAUAGCCCAGUUCGAUGUGGACUCCGCAUUCAAGGCAAAACGUACCCACUCGAGAUGACCCGAGAACAAUUUGAACAAUUAAACGAACCCUUGUUUCGUCGAACCAUCGAUAUUGUGCGAGAAAUGUUGCAAAAACGACAAGUUGAACAGAUAGAUGAGAUUCUUCUGAUCGGUGGAUCGUCUCGAAUUCCACGAAUCCAGCAACUCUUGGCCGAGUCGUUUCCUGGUGUGUUACUCAGCAAAUCCAUCAAUGCCGAGGAGGCUGUGGCAAUGGGUGCAGCCAUUUACGCGUCCACACCGACAAUGACCAAUAUGGACAAUCAGACCGUACAGGAUCUAGUGAUUCGUGAUGUGAUCCCGCACUCAUUGGGUUUACGCGAAGAGAACAACCGUAUGCACAUAUUCAUCUCGGCCGGUGAGUUUUUGCCCAUCACAACGGAGAAAGUGGCCCGUACUGUGGAAGAUGAUCAGAGCUCCAUGAGAGUGGCAGUUUUUCAAGGUGAGAAUCCGGACACAACUCAGAAUACUUUUCUGGGUGAAUUUUUGCUGGAGGGAAUUCCAAAAAUGCGCAAACAUGAUGUGACUGUUCGCAUUCAAUUUUCCGUGGAUGAAAAUGGACUACUGACUGUAACUGGACAACACGAGAUUCGAUCUGUUGGCCCUGUUUGGCAGAAAAGUCCGGUGCGAGGUGAGCUGCAAGUCAAUGUAUUGCACGGUUUAUCCAAAGCGGCCAAUGAUCAGAUGCGAACACGUGUACAUGAACUAGUGAACCAGACGAAACAGUAUGCACAAAGAAACGCAGCGAUUAUCAAUUUGAAUUUGAAACUCUUAGAAGCGAAACAAAAAGCCAAAGACAGCACAGAACUAAAACAGCUAUGCCAGCAGAUAUCCGAUUGGUUGAAGAGUCAUCAAAACGAAAGUGUGGAUACUUACGUCAGUAAGCUGGAAGAGUUAAAAAAAUUUGCUUGA